AUUCAUAUUUCUUCCAUAUUUCCACCAAUGUCUCUCAAACCUUUUUCUGAAUCAUACUAUUAAAAAAAAAUUAUUCCCCUUUUGUGGGUCUUACAUGCUAGCUAAACAACUGAACUUCUCCAUCUUCUAAGCAAAGUAUUUCUUUUAUUUUCUAUUUUUGAUUGGGUAACAAAAAGUAGAAAAUAUAAAAAAGUUGAGUAAUUUCAGAAAUUCCAAAGUCUAAACAUAAUUUUUGGUCCAACAUUUUGCAGACAUAAUAACUUCUGCUCACGAUAGAAGCGUGAAAGUCAAUUCUUCUACAAAAAUGGCGGUUUGAUUUUUAAAUUGAUUUGGUUUUUUUUUUUCUUAUUCAUUUACAUAAAAAGUUGAAAUUUUUAUUUAUAAUUUACUCUGUUUUUUUUACAGUCUGACAGAUGAUGUUGCUUUCUUCAAUACCCAGUAUCAGAUUUUGCCCCCCUUGUUCAAGUUUGAAAGUUGAAAUCAAAUUUAAUUAAACUUUUUUCUUUAUUUAUUUUUAUUAAAGUUUGUAUUUUUCUUAUUCAAUUAUUCAUACUUUCCAAGUUUAGCAAAUACCCAUUAUUUAAAAAUUCAUAAUUUUUGUUGGGUCACUUUUUUUUUAUUAUUAAAGUGAAGCCAAAGACUCAAACUUUUAAAAUUUAUUAAAAAAUUAUUGUGGAUUAUGUGAUGAGAUCAUGUGGGUCAGAUGUGGAUGAUAACAGCUUCAAGUGGAUAACCAUCAUUUGAUCCCAUCUCAUGGAAUAUAAUGAGCUUUACCCCAUUCCAAAUUUAUAGUCACUCUAUCUAUAAAAUAUUAAAUUUUUAAGAUUUUUGAUAUUUAUAUUAUCAUAUAUCAUAUACUUUUAUGUAUGUAUAUAUAUUAUACUAUAUAAUUUUUGCUUUGUGUAGUGGACAUGGAGUGGUGGUAGAUAUGGAGUGGAGCCUCCUAUUAUAAAUUCUUGGAUUUGAUUUGAUUUUAGGAGGCCAAUCUGCUUAUGGGUUUUGCAGGACGAAUUCAGGACAUCAAUGGAUGACAUUUUUAUCAGGAUCUUGGAUUUGACAUCUUACAUAAGCAGUCCACUGCUUCACUUUCUUGAUUUGUACUUCGGAAUCUUUAAUGGGUGUCCUGCAGUAGAGUAUCCAAGUUCUGCAAGUUAUCAUGAGCGCCAAUUUACUUUCAAAGAAUGUGCAUCAUCUUCUAACCAUAGUGUUGCCACACAUAGAGGAACACAAAGAAGGUUGGUAAAUGCCAAAGAGCACUUGUGUGUGAAUACAGGUACAGAAGCUGGGGACACUCACGGAGGAACGUCCCUUGUUCUUAAAAGAUUGACUCUUCCAUUGUGUGGUUUGAGAUUAUUCCGGAGAUUGGCAUUGGCUUCUUGGAGAUGUUUCCUUGGGUUUUGCAAACACACCAUAGAACGAGUUAAGAGCAUCAUAUCUAGAGUGCAGAAGGGUUUGCGUGGGUCAUCUGAUGAUAUAGGAUGGAUGCAACGCACUCCUGGGCUGCCUCCGGUUAAAGAUGGAACAACUAGGUUCUUGGAACUGCUUCAGGGUGUCAGGAACGGGAAACAUAUACUGCCUGAUUCAUUUGUAUACCUUCUUAUACCAGGCCUCUUUAGUAAUCAUGGCCCCUUGUACUUUGUUGCCACCAAGAGAUUCUUUUCAAAGAUGGGCCUCGCUUGCCAUAUUGCCAAGAUUCAUAGUGAGGCAUCAGUGGAGCACAAUGCAUGGGUUUUAAAAAAUUAUAUUGAGGAGCUUUACUGGGGAUCUGGAAAGCGUGUGAUGCUUCUUGGUCAUAGCAAAGGCGGAGUUGAUGCAGCAGCAGCAUUGUCAAAAUACUGGCCAGACUUGCAAGGCAAGGUUGCAGGGUUGGCCCUCGUGCAGAGUCCAUAUGGGGGAACCCCCAUUGCAUCUGAUGUACUUCGUGAAGGGCAGGUUGCAGACAAGAAAGCUAGGAGAGUUAUGGAGCUUCUAAUUUGCAAACUGAUCAAGGGCGAUUUUCAGGCCAUGGAGGACCUCACUUAUGAAAAAAGGAAGGAUUUUAUCUUAAGCCACAAACUUCCUGAAGAAAUCCCACUCAUCUCAUUCCAUUCUGAAGCAAAUAUUGCUCCCAGUGUUCUAGCCACAUUGACACAAAUAGCCCAUGCCGAGCUCCCAUGGUUUCCUCUCCCGACAUUUUCUGAUGGCCCCUCCAACGACUGUGUACAACCAUCUCGAAAGGUACCUGUUGUGAUUCCCUUAUCAGCUGCCAUGGCGGUCUGUGCUCUCCACCUUAGACUAAGGUACGGGGAAAAAAGCGAUGGCCUUGUUACAUGUCGUGAUGCUGAAGUCCCCGGUUCUGUCGUGAUUAGGCCUGAUAAGAAGUUUGAUCAUGCUUGGAUGGUUUACUCUUCAUGGAAAAAGAAUCCUACUGAGCCUGAUUGUUGUGAAAUGUGUGAAGCUAUUUUGACCUUGCUUGUGGAGCUUGGUGAGACUAAGAACAAGGGGAAAAACAAAUGGUGAUUGAUGAAAAAACAAACUCAUCCUAUAUAUAUUUGUUUGAAUUAUCUUGUUGCUAUUGGUUUUGAAAGAUAGAUACCACAAAAGAAGGAAAAAAAACAAAGAAAGGGAGAAAAUUUUGAUUUUUGCAAGGAGAUGAAUGGAAAGUACCUAAAGAACUCAUACUCUUUGAUUUUGUAAAAAUAGACCUUAUACUAAUAUGAGUUCAUAGUUACAAUUAAA